UGCGGCUGACGGGGAAAUGUCAGUCGCUUGACUGCUGACGGGUUUUCAGCCCCACCGGGAGCUCGCGGGCCUUCUGGCGACCGCCUCCUCGGUCCCCUCCGAGAGGAGGUCCCAGACUCUAGACAGUCUGUGGCGGACACGGAGUUUCCCGGAACCUUCCAGUUGCUGUCUGGCGAGAUCGGACGUAUACAAUUAUGAUCCAGACGUGCAUGUGAACAACUGCGCUUAGUCAGACUGAGCACUGAAUAAUGAGUGGUGCAGCUCUGGGCCUCGAGAUUGUUUUUGUCUUUUUUCUGGCUCUGUUUCUACUUCAUCGAUAUGGAGACUUUAAGAAGCAACAUAAGCUUGUGAUCGUUGGCACCCUUCUUGCUUGGUAUCUCUGCUUUCUUAUUGUCUUCAUACUGCCCCUGGAUGUUAGUACGACAAUAUACAACCGAUGCAAGCAUGCUGCUGCAAAUUCCAGCCCUCCUGAGAACAACAUCACAAGGUUAUCUACAACUCUCGCCCCAACUCCAAGCCAACACCCAUGUUUUAAGCCAUGGAGUUAUAUUCCUGAUGGAAUUAUGCCAAUUUUCUGGAGGGUAGUAUAUUGGACAUCACAAUUUUUAACAUGGAUUCUGUUACCUUUUAUGCAGUCGUAUGCAAGAUCAGGAGGAUUUUCCAUCACUGGAAAGAUUAAAACUGCUCUCAUAGAAAAUGCAAUCUACUAUGGCACUUAUUUAUUGAUUUUUGGAGCAUUUCUAAUUUAUGUAGCUGUAAACCCACGUUUGCAUUUAGAAUGGAACCAGCUUCAGACGAUUGGCAUUGCUGCUGCAAAUACAUGGGGUCUCUUUCUUCUUGUGUUACUGUUGGGAUAUGGCUUGGUGGAAAUACCUCGAUCAUACUGGAAUGGAGCAAAAAGAGGUUAUCUGCUUAUGAAGACUUACUUUAAGGCAGCCAAGCUCAUGACAGAGAAAGCUGAUGCAGAAGAAAAUUUAGAAGAUGUUAUGGAGGAGGUUCGUAAAGUGAAUGAAAGCAUCAAGUAUAACCAUCCAUUGAGAAAAUGUGUGGACACAAUACUUAAGAAGUGUCCUACAGAGUAUCAGGAAAAAAUGGGUAGGAAUAUGGAUGAUUAUGAAGAUUUUGAUGAAAAGCGUAAUACUUACCCAAGUGAAAAAAGUCUGGUAAAAUUGCAUAAACAGGUGAUUUAUUCAGUUCAGAGGCACCGUCGAACUCAAGUACAAUGGCAAAUUCUUUUGGAACAAGCAUUUUAUUUAGAAGAUGUAGCAAAAAAUGAAACUACUGCUACUCGUCAGUUUAUUCACACCUUUCAGCCAGCAGAGCCAGAAAAUAGACUUAUCCAAUAUUUUUAUACUCCUACAGUUGAAUGGUAUUGGGAAUGUCUGUUACGCCCAUGGUUUUACAGAAUCCUAGCUGUGGUUUUAUCCAUCUUUUCUGUGAUUGUCGUGUGGUCGGAGUGCACAUUCUUUAGCACUACUCCUGUCUUAUCCCUCUUUGCAGUCUUCAUACAGCUUGCAGAAAAAACCUACAAUUAUAUUUAUAUCGAGAUUGCCUGCUUUCUUUCCAUCUUCUUUCUAAGUAUCUGUGUUUAUUCGACUGUGUUCAGGAUUCGUGUAUUUAACUAUUAUUACCUGGCUUCCCAUCACCAGACUGAUGCCUACAGCCUUCUUUUCAGUGGCAUGUUAUUUUGUCGUUUGACUCCUCCAUUGUGUCUUAAUUUCUUGGGUUUGACUCACAUGGACUCAUCCAUCUCUCACCAGAAUACUCAGCCAACUGCUUAUACAUCUAUUAUGGGGUCCAUGAAAGUUUUAUCCUUUAUUGCAGAUGGAUUCUAUAUAUACUAUCCAAUGCUGGUGGUAAUUCUCUGCAUUGCUACUUAUUUUAGUUUGGGGACCCGUUGUUUGAAUCUGCUUGGUUUCCAGCAGUUCAUGGGAGAUAAUGAUAUGACAUCAGACUUAAUUGAUGAAGGAAAAGAACUAAUUAAACGAGAGAAGAGAAAGCGGCAAAGGCAAGAAGAAGGUGAAACUCGAAGAAGAGAGUGGAAAGAACGUUAUGGACACAACAGAGAAGAUUCCACAAGAAACAGAAAUACUUACAUGGAUCUGAAAGAGUCCAAUUUCUCAGAUGUUAGUACUAACCGAUCAGUAUCCAAAUAUACCAGGGCCAAUAAUAAAACUGAAAGGGACCGCAUAGAGCUUCUCCAAGAUGCAGAACCUUUGGAUUUUAAUGCAGAAACGUUCACUGAUGAUGCGCUUGAGUCUGAGUCAGGGAGGUAUCAGCCUGGUGGACGAUAUCUUUCAAUGUCUCACAAGGGAAUGUUUGAUGAUGUUUAAAUUCUGAAAAAAAGGUGUAGAACAACUAACCAAGAUCAACACAUCAAUUCAGUCUCCACGAACAUCUGUGUGCUAUGCAGUUUGCUUUGUAUUCUCAGUGUAAACUUCCAGGAUUAUAUA